AAUUUAGGCCGUUUAUAAAUAUGGUUCUAAUUCAAAUGAUCGGAAAACUAUGGAUUUUUGUACGCGCCUGGAUAGCGCAGUUCGAUGGCGUCACCAGCGGUGGAUAAUUCUCGUAGCUGGCCUGAUUGAGAUGAUUUGGUUCAGUGGCUAUCAUUACGGCUACAACUCUCUCCUUGGUGGUUGGAAAUCCAUCGGUGUGUUUGCUGAUCAUUGCGUCAACUUCACCUCGGGAUGUGACCAGCAGAGCAAAAUGUUCGAAUACGGAUUUUUGGUAUGGUUGAUUACUCAGAUGAUUCUGAUAACCGUUUCUGGGAUCAUAAUGGAUCGUCUCGGCUUGCGAGUACUUAAAUUGAUAGCUGUGGGACUGAAUACAAUUGGCACAUUAAUGUUCGCCUUUAUAACCGCGGGGGCAAGUGUUCUGUACUUUCUUGGAGGAGUGUUUGUUGCUCUUGGAUGUAUAUCUUCUCUGAUAUGCAAUCAUCAGAUAAGCUCAAUGUUUCCGAAAUAUCGAGGAUUGGUCGUUUCUCUCGUCUCAGGUGCCUUUGAUUCCAGUACUUUAUUCAGCUUUCUGGUGUCCAAAACCUAUCUCUCAAUAACAAUGUUGACUUCCUUCGUGAUUCUUGCCUGUUGUGGUGCAUUCUAUGGAACGCUAAUGGCUUUAUUCGGUCUCACGCAGUGGUCGACUGGAAUGGAAAACAAAGGCAAAAGAAAGGAUUUAAUGCCAAAUGGAAACACGUGUUCCGAAAUUUACCGCGUAGCUAACGUUAAAGUCGAUCAAACUCGGGAGGAAGAAGUCAACACAUACAUUCAAAAUAUAUUGUCAAAGAGAUAUCCAAACCUACGUAGCUGUCUGCUUUCUCUUCCAUUUUUUCUGCUUGUAUUUUGGUUUAUGUUUGGAAACUUGGAAUUCGCUUUCUUUUUGACCCGGUUGGCAAAACAGUUAAAUUACCUAUUUGAUGGAGACAAACAUACUGUGAGCGAGCUGCUUGAUGUAUCUGGAGCAAUGCUACUCGGUGGCUUCGUCGUGGCUCCCUUAUCGGGUUUCAUACUGGAUAGUUCACGUGCCUAUUUCAAUCGCAAAAUCGAAAUAUUGUUGAGCGACCGAACUAGAAGGUCCUCGGAUGACAUAAUUUAUUGGACGCAUCUACGCGGAAUCGCCACAGGCUUCUUUAUCAUGGCAGUGUCUGCUCUCGUGUUUAGCAUUCUGAAUUUUAUCAAAUUGAAAGCUUUAUACUACGUCACCUUUGUGUUCUUCGUUAUCGUUCGAUCACUUUUAUUCAGCUCUGCAAUAAGCUUUAUGCUUAUUGCUUUUCCUGUACAAUAUUUCGGUACAAUCAACGGUGUGUGCAGCACGGUUGGUGGUAUAUUCGGUUUGAUACAGUAUGGUUUGAUUCAAUUUUCACCCGUUGUAUGCAAUGGCAUAGGUCUUGGAAUUGCUAUUGUUCUUUUUGCUACUCCGGUUACAAUUUUUUUAAAGCACCGGUGAUAUGAAGUCACAUAAACGAAGGGAUGUGUAUUUUCUCGGUUACCUGACUUGCUUCGUAACAUUUUCUAGUUCGCCCACUGAUCUUUUGACAUACUCAUAUUUGUGCUUUCCAUUUCUCGAAAUUUAGCAUAAAAGAUUAAAAUAUAAUUACCGAUGAUCUGUUCCAUUUUUCAGACAGCCGCUUAUUUGCAUCUGCC